AAUAUAAAACGCGAUGUUAUGCAUCAGAGGGCGCCAAGAGUGGCUGUCUGCGCUGCAGCACGUUGUCCCAGCCAUGCUCGUUAGAACAAGAAGCUGUGACGGAGUAUCGUCCGAUUUCGCCAAUUGAUCAUUCGGUUCAGCAUAUGCCUGCAUCUUCUGAUACUAAUAACGGCUCUGGGUCUGUUCACAACGGCUCGGUAGAUGAUAGACUUGAAAGACUUGAAAAAACCGUCGAGAGCUUGGUAGACCGAUUGGAUGCAAGACUUGAUGCGCUCACUAGUACCUGGAAUAGCGAAGUGCCACUAAGAAAGGCCACGGAAUCCAUCAACUCGACUGAGCAGACCCAACCACCUGUGCUGUUGAUCCGAGAUGCAGCCCUAGAUGCUGGCGUACAUUCACCGGACCAGACUGAAUCUAAUACAGUUUUGCAUUCCGAUGUGAUCUCAACUGGGCUUGUGACAUUGCCUACUGCUCUCUCGCUACUAGAGCUAUUCCACAUUAAUUACGGGCGAUGGGUCAAGUUCCCAGAACAUGUAUCGACGGAUACUCUAUUGGCGCGAAUCAGAGGAUCUCCCGUUCUCGUAUGCAGCAUUCUGCUGAUUGCAGUCCGACACACCACCCAAGACCUCGCAGAUCGACUUGCACCUCAGUUGUUCCGAGAAGUAAAGAGCCUUAUUACGUCUUCAUUGCUCAUCGUGCCUCAAUCAUUACACUUCUUUCAGGCUGUGCUUAUACUGAGCUUGUGGUCUACAACUAUUGGCCAAGUGCCCUUGGGUGUCGACAGCUGGCUCCUGACAGGAUAUGCUCUUCAGCAAGCCUUGAUCAGCCCGGACUUUACGGAGGUCUUUCGAUCUAGCAUGGUUCUCCCCACUGCACGGUCACAUAUCGACGCUUGGUGCUUAUGGAAUCACCUCUGCUUGGCUCAUCUACAGUACUGUGUAGGAACUCGUCGACAGGCCAUGCUAAACGACACCCAAAUAGAUCAGUGCGCUCGAUUAGUCGAGUCCGACAAUGUCACCAACUACGAGGCCAGAAUGGUCGCCGAGGUGAAGCUAUACUGGAUUAUCUAUCAACAGUGCUGCGGGUCUCAAAUCGACCUUCCCGAAGUAAAGCAUGCCUUGCAGAAUUGGCAGCACGAAUGGCAUGCUUUGUUUGCCCAACCUCGCUCCCAAUUCCUCCAGAUGGGCUUCCACUUCGCCCAUCUUCUCGCAUACAACAAUUGUCUCAAGUCAUCGCGGACCGCAAUGGCCAGCUCAACAGUCACAGAGAUGAUCGGCCACUCCACAACAAUCAUCAACCUUGUCAUCGACACAACCGACGAUCGGACCCGGCAUCUGACCGACCAGAUCUACCACAUAGUGACGUUCUCAGCACUUACCCUUUCCCGCCUUCUUCACACCUACGAGUCCCACCUUCGCGCGGCUCAUCACGACGUCGAAGGUCUGGAUGGACUUGUCGUCAAGCUGAUUAGCUGGCUGAGAUCAAUCGGGCUCCCGUGCCAUACUGCCUAUUUGCUAGGUGACAUAGUCUCUGCACAGUUCGCGAAACUGCGACCGAACGCUCGGCCAGCAGUCGUCAGCUAUAAUGGGAUGGAUGGUGCUGGUGAUAGUUCAGUCCUUGUUCAGCAGUCUCUCUCGCUUGAUGUGGGACUUCUAUAUCCUGAUUUCAUUGGAUCCGAGCUCUUUGAUUUGAACACUGGGCUAGCGGUCUGGCCGCAGUGGGAGAUAUCCACUUCCCCGCAAAACUCGUGCACGGUCCUAAGGAAACUAGAACUACCCCGGAACUAAAAUGGCAAUAGCUUCCUCGUCGGGGAGUUAUACCCCGAGCAGUCUGCGACAGGGAAUGAGCAUGACCAUUUAAAACGGCUUUGCAGAGUGACAGAAUUGUCUGAUUCGAGUUUUCCAAGACCAGCAACUUCAUCGACUGCGGCGAACGAAUCUCGGAAUGUAUGAUGCACGGGGAACGUGGCAUAAGGCGUUGGUUCGCUGAGGCUUUUUUCCUUUCCGCUGGACCGAUGGACACGAGUGGUUGUAUUUCCAG